AUGUUCCGCGAUGAGAAUGACAGGGCGGCUCGCCGAAGUGCAGCAGCAAAGGCUAAGACUGAGGCCCGUCGGAGAUUGGAGGAUAGAGCAGCUCUAGAACCUGACAUAUCCACCCCCGGCUCACGAGCCGAUCGUUCACGGCCAGCCGCUUUAGUCUACAGGAGCAAGGACCAAUUGAUCCCGACUCCGAGAGUUACUGCCCCGCUCUCCAUCCCAUUGGAGGAUCAGGGGUUGAAGUUCUUUAUCAACCGUUUUGUGACACGGGUGGCCAUCAGAUCAGAUGGCUCUCCACAUGUAGGUUUUGUGCAGCCGUCUCCCCAUGUUGGAGCAGUUACUCUCGAUCAGGCGAGUCGAGAUGCUGUCGUCUCAGUUGGCCUUGCUGCCUUGUCCAAUGUUAAUGACGAUAAAGUACUGCGGAUAAUGUCUCGGGAGAAACAUGCCAUGGUUAUCAAAGCUGUGCGAGAAGUAGUGGAGAACCCCGCUCAGGCCAAUCCCGACAGAACGCUCCACUUGAUCGUCAUGCUGAGUCUAUACGAGAUGGUCAGCUGUACCCCAAGCCAGAUCGACUCUUGGAUAGUGCACAUGGAUGGCGCAGCUGCCUUACUUACACAAUCCUCCUUUUUGCUAUCACUCACGAACUUGGACCACCGAGCGCACUUACAAUUUUACUUUGUUGCAAUUGUUAAGUUUUUCUCCAAAAGGGUUGUCACCCCGGAUCUACUAAGCUGGUCUCCUGAUCUCAUACCCUCUUCGCCACCGGAGAUCUUACCAGGUGUCGAUCUUGUUGACAUACUGAUAAGAUUCGCGAAGUUCAAUGCAUAUCUGCUUCAGCAAGAGCCCGACGCCAGAGCAGUCGUGGACUCAGCUCUAUUGUUUGAAGAUGAACUCCACAAAUGGGAAACUCAGCUCCCAUCAAACUGGUCCUUUACUGUGAAAGAAUCCAAUACAUGCGGGUACACCUUUCGUGGCCAGUAUCAUAUCUACAAGGACAUGUGGGUUUCGAGAGUUUUCAACCACUACCGUUGGGCACGACUACUCGCUAACGAGACCAUCGUAUCCCAAAUCUCGAAAAUGGCACGCCCCACACCAAACGAUGUGAUUCAACGGCAGCAAGCAUUGGGCACGAUUUCUUGCAUGGCAAUUGACAUAUGCGCCGGAGUUGCAAGCCAGGAAGCUAUAUCCGAGCAAGGAGUCGCCGAAGACACGUCACAUAUACCACUGUUGAAUGGUACCUUCAUGCUGCUUUUCCCAUUAGGAGUUGCCGGAGGAGCAGCGGGUACCCCCGAUGAAGUUCAUGAUUGGGUUGUUGGAACGCUUAAGCGAAUAGGAUAUACGAUAGGGAUCCGGCGAGCUUUGGAAAUGAUACCUCAACUGAAGAAAUCAGUCGGGAGAUGGAAGCUAGCUCAGAAGCGGUGGAAUAGCAUACAUGAGCGUAAGUAG